AUGGUGCACGAACACGACGACGUAUUGGAAUUUCCAAGCCAGGAGAAGGCGCAAGUCACUACCAGCAACGACAUGAAUCAAACUGCACUACCAGACCCAGUCACUCCAGAAUACCCUUCUGGAAUCAAAUUGACCUUCAUAUUCGUGGCUCUAUGCUUGACAGUCUUCUUGGUCGCUCUGGAUCAAACCAUCAUAGCCACCGCCAUUCCAACCAUCACAACCCAGUUCCACAGCAUCCAAGAUAUCGGCUGGUAUGGCAGCGCGUUUCUCCUCGCAACCUGCAGCUUCCAACUCUUCUUCGGCACCCUCUACACCCUGCUCCCGAUCAAGUGGACAUUUAUCAGCGCCCUGGCGACAUUCGAAGUCGGUUCCGCGAUUUGCGGCGCAAGCCCUAGCUCCGUGGCUCUCAUCGUAGGACGCGCGAUUGCCGGCAUCGGUGGCGCAGGCAUCUUCUCCGGCGCGUUGAUCAUCAUCGCCAAGUCGGUGCCCCUCGCGAAGCGCCCGGCUUUCACAGGCAUCAUCGGCGCUAUAUGGGGGAUAGCGAGUGUGGUUGGGCCGUUGCUGGGAGGUGCAUUCACAAUCAACUUGCCGAUUGGCGCUAUCGCCGUCCCCUGUAUCAUCCUGUUCCUGCCAUCGCCGCCCCGGAGUGAGCGCCUGAAGCAGGGAAGCUGGAUGGCCGCGUUUCGCCAGUUCGAUCCUGUGGGAACGAUCCUCUUCGUCCCGGCUAUUAUUUGCCUGUUGAUUGCGCUCCAGUGGGGAGGGAGCCGGUACCCUUGGAGUGACGGUCGCCAGAUUGCGCUGUUGACAGUAUUCGGAGUUCUCCUUAUUGCCUGGGUGGUGUCACAAUGGUGGGGUGGUGAGAAUGCGACGUUGCCGCUUCGCAUCGUCUCGGAGCGCACGGUGGCCUGCUCGACCUUGUAUAUUUUCCUCGGCAGUGCGUCGUUUGUCUUGCUGGUGUACUUUUUGCCCAUAUGGUGGGUUCGAGCCUUUGAUAUCAUUCUCGAGUGGUAUUUGCAAUUGCAGGCGGCCUAG